AUGACAACAUCUUGGGAUCAAGCUAAAUUUGCAUUAAAACCUAAAACUAAGGGAUUCCAUUUAGUUACGGAUGAAAUUCUCAGUAACGUUCCUGAGAUAAGGGACUAUAAAAUAGGCCAAUUGAAUUUAUUCAUCCAACACACUAGUGCUGGUUUGACCAUCAACGAGAAUUAUGAUCCUGACGUGAGAACUGAUUUGAUUAAUAUUUUCGAUAGAAUUGUCCCGGACGAUGCCGAAUAUAUCCAUAUAUUAGAGGGACUUAAUGAUGCGAAAUCUCAUGGACAGGCUACGCUUACUGGCUUAAAUGUUACAGUUCCAAUAAGUAAUGGUAAAUUAGCAUUCGGAACGUGGCAAGGAAUUUACCUUGCUGAAUUCAGGGACAAUAAACCCUCGAGAAGAAUUGUAGCAACCAUCAAUGGAUUGAAGGAAAACUAG